CAGAGAAGGAAUAGACACAGCCCUCUAUCCAGCUGAACAAAUAGAUAUUUUCUGAGCUCACUCAACAGCAAACGAUUAUUAUUUAAUUAAAAUAUAUAUUUCUGAAGUAAAAUAGGCUUAUUUGAAUACAGCUUUGUCGGGUAUCAUUACACUCAAUGGAUAUUUGGAAAUUCCAGCUGGUAAUAGUUACCCUGUAUUCCCUGGUGUAUACAUGUCAGGGAUUGUCUUUUAGUGUUGACAAGGAACACUGGGUAUCCAAAGACUGGCAGCCACUGGAGAAGAGGUUGGCCAGCCAAGUGGCUAGUCUGUUUAAGAGAUCUAAAGCCCAUCAGUUCUACGGGCUUAUGGGCAAACGCUCAGAUGAUCAGCCGCAGCCUAUUGGAGUGAAUAGAAGACGAAAUAAAGGGGAGAUGUUUGUUGGACUUAUGGGAAGAAGAGCAUCAAGUGGGGAAUCGUUCACAAGAAUCAUUCCAGAUGCUACAAGCACUGCGAUCGAUAUCGCCGAAGGAUCACACACACAACCAGAUUCACAAGAGGCAUGGGACCAACUCCUGUAUGACUACAGCUAAUAAAAAAGAUUCAGAUUUGAAUGUUUACAUGAUCUAUACAAUGUUGAUAUCAACGCAUAAAAAAAAGAAACAACAGUAUCUCAUACUUUUAAGAAAAAAUGCUAUGUCUUUAAGGUAUCCAAGUUCAUGCCGAUGAUUAUUGUGUAUCCUAUCCCCAAAAAAGCACUUGUCUCUGCAAACAACUGCCACUGUGUUGAAUGGAAUAAAAGGCCAGGAAUGCUGCA